AUGCUUUCUGUAUUCUGGUCAUUGGUGGACCUAACAAAGUCAGCUCUGCCGUUGUUUAUUGUUUUCGGCGGCGCUAUCCCCUACGUACCCCAGUACCUCGAAAUUAAAAGCCUCGAAAAUUCCGAUGGAUUUUCACCCUUUGUCUGUCUUACCCUGCUUGUCGCCAACAUACUCCGCAUGGCAUUUUGGUAGGUACUGAAUACUACUGAAUGUCCCACUUUUUCCUCAUGUUGCUAAUGUUGAACUAACCGGGUUCCGCCUUUUUUGAUCUUACUUUUGCCAGGUUCGGUCACCCUUUUCCCACUCCCUUGCUUGUUCAAGCAACUGUAAUGAUUUUCACAAUGCUGGCAAUGACCUCGGUUUGUGUGCGAUUUCGGGGAAAGCAUCGACGGCGAUCGCGACAUGUGGAUGAUACAGAAACUGAGGUUGAACAUUAUUUCACAGGUAUUUAACACACCUGGCCAUGAAAGGCCCAGAGCCUUCCAUCCACCUCUUACCUGUUGCUCCUUUUUCACGACUUCCUUAUGUAACUAAUAUCUGUACCCUGAUUCCGAGCUUAGUGAAUAGCAUUCUCACUCUCAGCUCUCUCAGCCGCCCCAAGACUUGCGAAGAAUUACAACUUGGGAGUGGGGAUUAGGGUGUAGUGAUUAUUUCAUAACGUGGCCUUAGCGACAACUAUUUUCAGUAAGCGAUCCCCGACUCAUUCUUUUAAUGUCUGACCCGUGUACGUUGCACUCCAUCCGCUGCACUCGCUCCAGUCUUCAUCGUGAUUUUGGCUCGCUAUUGCGGCAUGGUUAAUGUGGGAGGGCAGGGUGAGGUGGACGUUGUGCAAGUUUUCCUUUCUAUAGCGGUGAUACAGGCCCAGCAGCGACGAUAUUUCGGCUAACAGCAAACCGGCAGAUGGAAGCGGCGUGCGUGGACUCAGUUUCGAAAUUGUUACCUUCAGCACACUAUGUAUUACUCCCCAUUGGGUCCACAGAUGCUGCGGUGGGGUGUGCUCGUUUAUGUAAGGACCUCAGCAGACUUGGUUGUGGCAGUGACCGAGAGCUUUGGAAAUGGGCGCCGCCUGUUGGUGAUCGCCCGGUGGCCGACCGAACGUUCUCGUGUCUAUGCAGGAGAUGAAUUUUCGGUCUCAUUGACUGUGCGGAUGAAGUUUACCCUUUUGGUUUUAUCAUUGCGUCCGGGCGAUCUGCAUAUAUUGGGAUUGAGAAUUGCUUCAAGCACGUCUCAACCCGGACCCGGAUGCAAUGGAGACCAGGGCAUUUCUGGGCUCCUGCGGAGUGGUUCCUAAUAUACGUCUUCAUCCUCGGCCAGAAUCAUCGCCAGGGCGGCCUUUUUGUCGUUAGUGAAGAUGUCGAAAUCGCUCUCUGCGUAGUCGACAAAAAGCACUUGUUCUAUAUUUGAUGGCGUUUUACAGUCAUCCACUUCAAAUGACUUUCGUACUCUCCGUAAAACUUUUAUUCUCGAUCUUGGCCGUCUGACGAUUCCGUGAAUCUCCCGCGUGGUUGUGUUGACGGCUACAUAUUACCAACUCGUGCCCCCUUCUGGCUUGGAGCCUCCGAGGCUCACUUGCCCUUCGGCUUUCUCGUCGACCUUCAAAUUGGAGACACACCCUCACGAAUGAAGGCGAAAUUUCGAGUUCCAGGUGUAUGCAUAAGUGAAGGAGAAGAGUCGAGCGGCGAGGCGACGCAUUAUCACAAGUGGCCGCCCACAACUACGAAACGGGUCACGAGUUUGACUUCGCAGCUACCAAAAUAGUCGCUCACGCCGGAAACAAAACAGGCCGAGUAUUGAUUGAAGCCUGGGCCUCGGAUAAGAACUCAGUCAAUCGAUUUAUCGAUCUGGCGCCGACGUACAGAGCCCUUCGUAGUCACCUCCAGUCGUGCGACUUCGGUCGAUGAUUGGGCCUACGUGCCUUAUAACCGCCGCCUAUCCUGUUUCUGCCACUACCUCUGAAGAUGAACUCCUGCACGAGUCUGAAAGCUCAGGAUAAUAAACGAAGUGUUCCGGUGCUCGACUCUUCUUCUUCACUUAUACACACCCUCACCUUUUCAAGGGAUACAGAUGUUCCAGAACGUCAAGCACGGUUUCCCUAGUGCGUAUCGAACCUACUUCUCAUCCGUAAACAUCCUUACCGUUAUGGUCGUUAUGUUUCCGGCCACCUCAAUUGCCGCCGUUCGGUAUGGCAAGAGGAAAAGCAGCAACGCGCGUGGAUCAAAAUGCAAUUUGCAUUUACGUUUGUCUCACCGAGGACUCGGCCGUGUUCGUAACUACUUCUUUCAUAUCAAGGUCUUUGCGGUGGCUCCCACAGUUUUGGCUGCGAGAAAAUACACACUAAUGAUGUUUAACGAUUUCCCGUUCGGCGGCCGUGCACCUCUAAGCCUGUGUGGAUAUUGAGGCUUCUCCAGGACUCGGUCAAGUGGCAGGUAAGUUGUGUGCGUGCCGGUGCCAGAAAACCUAUGUCUGGAGCCCGACCCUUUCCGUCUGUUUCACAAUGAGUUGCGGGUCCGCUUGUGUGUGGCACGCGUAGACGACCUGUUUAGCUUUAUCGGCCACUACGCCCGCGCCCAUCUCCGAUUGUCUUGGUAGGUGCGCAGGAAAAGAAGUCGGUAGCUGCUACAUAAGUCUGCCUGAACAAGUCCGCGCAUAACUCACCGCAUCUAGACCCACCUCGUGGGGCAGUGAUGAGCGUCAUCACUUGUGAUGGUUGAUCUGUCAGACGCAGUUGGUCGGAGAUCACUGAUUACUUUGUGUAAGUACGUUGUCAUUCCACUUCCAUUCUUUUUCCACCACAGACCUCGAUCCGGCCUACUUCUGGCGUUGGACAGAUUUCGGCAGCUACCUUCAGUUCAUCGCCUUUUUCGCCUUCCUGGCAUUCAGCAUCACCUUUUGCUUCCGGACGAGUGCCAUCUACGUGCAAACUCUUGGCUUUGUCGCCCUCCUUACCGAGGCCAUGCUCGGAGUGCCGCAAGUUAUCACCAACUUCCGGAACUCCUCAACCAAGGGAAUGAGGUUGUUCUUGCUGCGGCGUGCUUGAGUAACCACCGCUAGUUUCAACUAAAUGGGGAAGUGACCCUGCGUUCUGACAUCCCCAAAUCACGCAUAGUAGUUAGACCUUGAAAACCUUUCUGAGGACUAAGAUAAGUCGUUAAUCCCCUUCAUUUGCGCCAAUUGUCCUGCUUAUGCUUGCCCGGAACUGAAUGGCUCCGGACGGUCAAGCCGUCGGCAGUCAGCGCUCACGACCGAAACCUGCGACUCACCAUGCUCUCCAGGUCUGACAUAUGUCAACUUUGCCGCUCUCGACGUCGCGACUGUGCGCACCCUCCGUUUGGUCGACUGAGUCGACCAAUUAUCAACGACAGUAACCUUUCUAGGGGGAGACGUCUCAAUUGGUUGUCUUAGUUCCACGCUGUAAACGUCACCUCACAGCUGAGAUCUAAUUUGCCAUGUUCCUGGAGUUCCUGCUUUCCACAAACACUCGGAGGUCGCGUUGCAGAGCAGAAUGGUUUUGAUUGCACUGUCAUAUUCCUAAACCUUUAUUUUGUGAUAAGCCUUGCUGCGAGACCUCACACACCAUCCAGAAACAUUAGAUUUGCUACUCCUGUGCAAGUUGUCUGUCGAGCUUUAUUUAUUUCAGAUACUAUCUUGUCGGUAGCAUGAACAAACCGAGGUAGAUGGCACAAGACUACCUCCAGCGUCUCACCACUCAGGGGAAGGAGGAGGACUACAUGCUUGCACUGUUUGAAGCCGUUGAGUCAUAGAGCAGUUUCCGAAGCCCCAAGUCAUCAUCUUUAUUUCCGGAAUUUAGUGAUUAUGCUAUCACGGACAGAUCGUGUUUUCUCGUCGGCAAGAGGAGGAGCCUCGUCGUCGGGAAGCGUUUUGACAAGUGCAUACCUGUAGUAAACUGGUGAGAAAACACGAUCUAGUCGAACGCCUACCAUGAAGGCGAUGCGUUCAACCUCCACUCAGCAUCCCUAAACCUUUGUUCCAUUUAGCGGAUAAUAUGUCUUAAUUAAAAUCGGGAGUUUCGGCAGUAUACUACCAACCUAGAGGACCCUAGACAGACUGCUCCUAUCAGCCGAGUCGUACGCUACCUAGGGAAACCAAAAACUUGUUAAACGAAGACAGUGACCUGCUGCGGAGUAAGUAUCUCCUCGUUGCGGUUCCCUGGCUAAUGUUUAGACCCCCGCGAGUUUUUUCUGUCCACACACCCCUGGCAGUUUGAAGGUUGUUGCCAACGAUGUCAACCGCGGGAUCUAAAGCAGCGCAGCGAUGGUGACUUGCGCGUGAUUUAGUUUAUAGUGACAGUAGGCUUGCACAGUAUCCACCGCACUCUCUCCUCCCCACCCCCCACCUGGUUCCGGUGUCAAGACAAUGUCAAGAAAACCGGAGGCGGGAGAGGGCGCAGGUGGCUCUGGCACAGCGCAAACUCCCACCGAACUCCUGGUUCACAACGCACACUGACCCAGAAUUUCAAACAAAAGCGGCUCGGGUCCUUAUUAAGAAGGAGCCAUUGCAGUCUGACUCUCAGUCCACUAGUCCGCAACUCUACACACCCCUUGAUACCUAAAAACGGCCUACGAGGACGCCCACAGUAAUCAUUCUCAGUGAACGUCGCUUGUGCCAGGAAAGUAUCGACGCAUUAAUCCUAUGCUCAAUGACACCUCAGCUGGCAAAGCUUCUGUUGAUUAUCAAGACCGACUUACGAACAGCCGUUCUUCUUCACGCUGGGUCUUGGCGGAGUUUAAUUAUUCCCUAAAUCCCGUCAGCAAAAUAAAAACGUUUCUCAGUCAUUUUUUCCGGCUAACUGUUUGAGCAGCAGUGACAGAGACCUCAGUGAGUGCCCAUCUCUUACCAGCGGGCUGACUAGAAGGCCUACCUGUCGAAUUUUGAUCGAACCAGCCGGAGUCGCUGUCUCCGGUGGCGUGGUCAUAUCCUACCGAUAUCGCUUUCGACCGCUGAGCGACUUCUUCGGCACAUUGCCAUAUUAUUUUGCUCACUUUUCCCCACGGAUCUUGUGCACUUUUCCGGUGCACGCAUGCGUAUGUUGUGUGUAAACUUUGCCGAACGCCUGCUAUUUGUCACAAACCUAAUUACCGGACGGACUGGGUCCUAUACCAACCCGUACAUCGCACCAUCUUGCGUCGCACCUGUUGCUCAGUGGUAAAUGUCAGUCGUAAACAUUGCCCUUGGUAGAAAGUUCAGAGUGGGCUGAAAUGUCUAGAAAACAUAAUUCUGUCAUGCCCUAUUGCUGCUGCAAUUUUUAACCAGCUGGAGGGACUCUAACGUCACUCAGACCUUUCACCUUCGCAGCUCUAAGCGACACACGGGAUUCCAGUUUGAAACAAUCCUACCAACUGCGUACACUUUCUGACUGAAUAGUUAGACAUCCAGUGUUAACUCGUCACAACGAAUGUGCUAAAUCUUCAUUUUUGCGCUCCGUUCGCAAGAAGAUGGGUAUUUUUUAAAUCUUGUACACAUCGCACAGGCAUACUUCGAUUUUUAAAGAUUGCAGAUUUUCAUAUAUAUAUUUAAAAAAACACUCGUUUCUAGCCCGUGCUUUGGCCCCCUGAACAGUUUCUCCAAAACAAAUACAGUAGAUGAUCUAACAGAUGAAAUGUGUCGACAUUUACGAAUUGUUGCCACAAUAACGGUUCGACCGUCGUUGCCGACGAUGUCCACUGUGGGCGCCACACUAAGGUGAGGCAGGCACGGUGACUUGUGCGUAAUUUAAUUUAUAGUUGUAGUAGACUUGCAUAGCGUCUACCGCACUCUCCCCUGCUCCCCACCUGGACCCGGUUUCAUGACAUAUUCAAGAAGACCAGAGGUGGGGAAGGGCGCAUCUGAAUGAAAAACUUUAAGGGAAUUACAAGGAAUUUUAAAGAUAAUAUUACGUUGUUUAAAAAUAUCAAAUUUUUCAGAAAAGCGGAGAAUUCCGAGAAUGCCCAAAAUAGUUUUAAUUUAGUAGGCUUUAGUUUUCAAUGUACAGAAAGCCUAUCCAUGCAAAAAACGAUAAAAUAUGACAUCACAAAUAGCAUAAUGUUUGAUAAUAGUCUUUUAGUGAAGUCUACGGUAAGAUCUUAUUUCGUGGCCGCACCUGCCGGGAGUUAUGGUUAGGGGUUAAUGCUAAGCCCUCUAUUACCAUCGGUCCCGUAUUACAGACGGAUGGAGCUUGUCCACUGCAGGUGCGGCUACAUAAUAAGAUCUGACCAAGUUUACAUCCAAAUAUUCUUCAAGAAUUCGUGCAUUCUUAGGUAUGGUGGUUCACCAACAGGCCACAUUUUGAGUAUAGAUAUCAAAACGGUUUCCUUAGAAUUCGUUGCAUUUUCUAAGCUUUCGCAUUGGUGGAGAUGCGGUUCGAUAAGGAAAAAGAUUUUACUUGAUUUUGACCUCAAGGACGUCAUAGGAAUAAAAGUUUUCAUAAGGUCACAGGCUGUCACACCAUUCUGUGACUAAUGAAUCUGAGUAGAUUUGGCGGAAGUUAUCGCAAACAUGCCAUUUAUCCCGUGAACUUCAUUUGCACUUUUUUAUUUGUUCCGGAUUACGGUGAGUUUCAGACCGACCUGGAAAUGUCGCCGAAUACAUCACGCUUUUUGUGUUCUAAAUUGGUUUCCCACAAAGAAAAAGACUGACACUUUUGGCCGUUUCUUUCACGUUGUUAAAAAAAAUACUGAUAAUCUUCUAUCGUCAGCAGAAGAACAUGCCUUUAUCUUUAUAUCGCCUCCGUUUUCGCUAUCUUUGCCUACUUUCGGGCUGCGCUCUGCGACGAUGAAUGCACUUAUGUUUUGCUGAAACUGCUAAUGAUUGGCUCUUUCCAUUCCUAAAUUACGUAUUUGCAGAAACUAGAUCGCACGAAACUAAAAAUGAUCAUUCGGUGGUAGCCAUUCAUGUGACAACCGAUAUAAUUUUCCAGAUGGCAAAACAACUUCUUUCCGUUUAAACGAAGGGUUGCCUGUGUGCAUUGUUACUGCACCUUAGGACACGAAACCGCACAAAUUUGCUAAUUUGACUUUCAGGACUUGAUGAAACGCUGUGUUCUCUAAAAAUAACCUCUGUCAACAAACUGACUCCCACGGUCAGACAAGAAAUCAAUUUUCAAGUGCGGCACUGCUCAGUCUAGGGUGGGUGAAUCUCUUAAAUAAAAACACGCUAAGAUGCACAACCUAAGUCUAGGAUAGGUGUUAGCAUAAGAGCUUGCACGAAUAUAUCGCAUCUUCCAUUUUUGGCUCAAAUUUGUGGGCAUUUUGCCGGAUAAAAUUGCGUAGACACACUUUUGCAUUUGCCUGCAGGGGUUGGCGGAGUGAGCAAAAUGCGCGACGCUUAAGGUGUCCGAAAAUUCACACAUCAAUUUCUGUCAUCGGCUUUCAUGAGAUAGGUCACGCACUGUAUAUCUGACAGAUGGCCGAGAAAUCAUCGCGCCAACAUCCAACACGGGUGAUGGCAUUUCGGUAGUUAACAACUUGCGUGCCGGCCAGCAAGCAAUUAGCGCACCAGCGGGCAACGAUCCUUCAUGAAGGGGAGCGCGGUUAAUUGCUAUAGGUAUGCGGUAGCAUAGCGACUGCAUCCUAUAAAUACUGCAGCUUCCUGUGCACGAGUCACCCUUUUCUGCCACUGUCUCUUAUGAUGGAUUCAAGUGAGAAUCCGAAACGUCAGGCGAAUAAAGACCUUGUUCCAGCGACCGCUUCUUCUUCUUCUUUUUCUUCUUCUUCUUCUUCUUCUUCUUCUUCUUCUUCUUCUGAACAGAUGGUUAUACCGUUCUUCCGACAUAUGUACUAGCCGAAAGCGCAGACAAGUGUUUCGCCGAUGUUUCUGCUGCUACAUAAUGCAGCCGCGAGGUCUUCGGCACCUCGGCGAGUCCCUCAACGCUCUCUGUGCGGUUUCUGGCAUGCGUACUCAAGGGGAAUAAUUUCUGAAAUUAUUGACCACAGGACAUUGCGUUAAGUGUCCUAGAGAUGGACAGAUAAGUGAAAAAUGCGCAAAUUUGUGUGCAUUUUGCUUGACAAAAUUGCGUGAACACACUUCAGGGGUCGGAGGAGUGAGCAAAAUGCGCGACGCUUAAGGUGUCCGAAAAUUCACACAUCAAUUUCCGUCAUCAGGUUUCAUACACUGUACAUUUGACGGAUGGUUAUACCGUUCUCCCACCACAUGUACUAGCUGAAAGCUCAGACAAGUGUUUCUGCUGCUACAUGACGCAGCUGCAAGGUCUUUGGCUCCUCGGUGAGUCCUCCGGCGUGCCCUAUGCGGUUUCUGGCACACGUACUCCAGAGGUUAAUCAGGGAGAUAAUUUCUAAAAUUAUCAACCUCAGGACAUGGAGUUAGGUGUCCGGGAUAUGAAUUUUACGGGUCAGAUCCGAAAUGUCAACGAGAGAGAAAAAUGCGCAACGUUUUAGGCAUCUGAAUAUUCGCGUAUUUGUUUCUGUCAUAGGGUUUCAUGGGUUAGGUCACGCAUUGUACAUCUUUCUUUGUGUCUUUGUGAAGUUCAUAGAAUACUGCCGUAUGUGUGGAUGCCGUUUGUUAGCUUAGAAGUGUUAUUAAUAAACCCAUCUGGAAAGUUCCCACAUAUUCGAAUUUUCAAAUACAAAGUUCACACGAAACAUAAUUUCCUAUAAAAUAAUUGGAAGGAGAGAAAUGUGCACAUCAUUUCUGGCAAAUGUGUUUCAUUUUCCUACAGUACUCAAAGAUCGGUAGAAAAAAGUACCCCACUGGAGUAGUAAUUUUUUCGCGGACGUGAUUUAUGCGUUUUACUGGAAGGUCGCUCAAGCAGCAGCCGGUGUGGUAGCGUGAAAGUAUUUCUCAACUGUUCAGCCAGGGCAAGUAUUUACAGCGUUUGACUUAUUGUAUAGCUGUACUUUGGGCACAACGGAACGAGUGAGUUCCGUAUGAACGAUCGGUCAGCGCCCCCUACCAUUGUAUAUUCCCGAUCGAAAACCGACAGGGCAACGGGCUCGUGGCCCGGUGGGUAGAGGCGUGGACUUCUAAACCAACAGGUCGCUAGUUCGAGGCUCGGGUGUUCCACACUUCGGGCUUGGGUAUGGCUGGCUGACGACGGUUAAUAAGCCAGAAAUGGCCAUUUCAGUCUCCCUUGUCUUUGUUGGUAAUGCCAUUCUGCCUAUAUAUCAUGCGCCGCUGUGCGGCUGCUGGUUGGGCUCGAGAGAGCGCCCUUAAGGCACAACGGAACGAGUGAGUUCCGUAUGAACCAUCGCUGAGCGCCCCCUACCAUUAUAGCUGUACUUAUUUUCUCCUCUGCAUUGCUUUCUCCUCCUAUUUUGCCAUUGAAUGAAAAUAUACGGUUUCGCAUUGCGGACGAAGGCAAGGGAGACCGGAAUGGCCACUUCCGACUUGUUAACCGUCAUUAGCCGUCAUUAGCCAUGGGACACCUGAGGCUCGAUCCUGCGACCUGUUGGUUAGAAGUCUACCGCCUCUAGCCACUGAGCCACGGACUCGUUGCCCUGGCGAUUGCGACCGAGUAUAUACGAUUGUGGCAGUACGCUCACCAAUCGCGCCACGAAACUCACUCGUCCCGCUGUGCCUUAUGGCUCUCUCUCUCGACGAGUUAGUUCCGUAAAAACGAUCAGUGAGCGCCCCUCUACCAUUGUGUAUUGCUGACCACAACCGACAGGACGACGAGCCCGUGGCUCAGUGGUUAGAGGCGUUGGACUUCUAACCAACAAGUCGCGGGGUCGGACCCCAGGUGUUCCACACCUUGGGGUUGGGCAUGGCUGGCUGACGACGGCUAAUAGUCCAGAAAUGGUCCCUCCAGUCUCCGUCGUCUUUGUUGGUAAUGCCAUUCUGCCUAUAUCAUGCGUCGCUGUGCGGCUGCUGGUUGGAUUCGAGUGAGAGAGAGAGAGAAAGCCCUAAGGCACAACGGAAAGAGUGAGUUCCGUAAAAACGAUGAUUGAGCGCCCCCCCUACACCACAUACAAAUCCACCUGCUGUCGAUUAAGAGCUAACGAGAACACCGGAAACCUUAUUCCUUAUGCGCCGAGAAUCAAGAGGAAACCGUAUCGCCAACGGUCAUGUGCACUUUCUGGGUCUCGAUUUGUCAUAAAAACCGUAGCUGAUUCGAUAGAUUGGAGUUGUUGUCGAGUACCAGUCAGGGGAGGAAUCUACCGAAUCAGAAGCGUCAGGAGUCAGGAUUUCGCUCCCCGGUAGUGCUAUUGCCGAAUCUCAGCGAGUUAUUCCCUCAAACCCCUUAGAGGUAAGUUGAGCGCGUAGGGCGCAGAUCGGUAUCAGGGCCGAUUCGCACAUUUACCUGAAGGCUGCAGCAACUAAAUCUCACGUAGUAUUACCGUCGAAAAGUACAGAAAGGUGUUAAAAAAGAUGUCUGUGGGCGGGGCCAUUCCACAAUGAGUCUUUUGAGAUGCCAACACCACACAAUUGGAAGGUAAGUCCGACCGCCUCCUCCGCUGCUCCGACCCAAGGAUCUCAAAAUACCUGUGCUUACCUAGGGCACAGGGCCAAAUAGCUCUGCCUCCCCCCUCCAUUUUCGUACAGUCCAACCUACUCCUUUUUCAAACCACCUAAACCACCGUAGUUUAAAAAAGAAGUAUGCCCUCACCCGCAUACACAAACGUCAUUUGGUGACAGGUUGCCGAGACUGUCUGCUGAAAUUGACUCUCCUUAUCUACGAGACGGUACAUGAGUUCUACUGGGUGGUGCCGCACAAUAUUGGUAGCCUGGAAUCCUCUGGGGGCGGUUUACGGUCAUGCAUUAAUAGCCACAUCGAUCGGGAUGUUACCACCUGAAACGUCUUUUUGGAUGAAUGGAAGGAGACGAGCCAGUCGCCGCUACCAGGGCUGGUUUGUUGCGCAUCUUUACUGUGCAGGGCCUUUUCCUCCUUACCUACAGGUUCUCUCCCUGUUUUUGUUGCACAUGUUGAUAUGCGCGCAGCAAAGGCGGAAUGUCAUUUUCCUCUCAGAAAGUACAUUGUUUUACUCUCUUCUAGCCUGCAAAUGGUAGCACUUUGGACUGUUGGUGACGUCGCCAAAGUAAUCUACUUUUUCAUCUCCUCAUCGCCUGUCCAAUUUAUCGUUUGUGGCGUCCUACAGAUCCUUAUCGACUUGGUGAUUUUCGGCCAGUUCGUCUACUACGAGAUUAUAAAGCAGUGA